AUGGGAAGGGAAGUAUCAGAGAGCUGUUUGGAGAGUCUACUCACAGAGAUUGUCUCUUCUUAUUGCAAUGGCUUUUAUGCCAACAAGCCUGAGCUUGCUGCCCGAAGGAUCGAGGCUAUUGGCUUUCAGGUCGGUCACCAACUCUCCGAAAGAUACACGAUUGAUCGACCAAGGUUCACUGAUCACCUGGAGGCUAUCAAGUUCAUCUGCAAGGACUUUUGGUCUGAACUCUUCAAGAAGCAAAUAGAUAACUUAAAGACCAAUCAUAGAGGUACUUUUGUAUUGCAAGACAAUCAGUUUCGGUGGCUAGCACACAUGUCAGUUGAUCCAUCACGGGAUGCAUCUGCUUCUGUUCAAGACCCUUCAGCAAUGGCUGAAAAUAAAGCAGUGCAAGCAACCGGCAUGCAUCUUUACUUUCCUUGUGGAAUUAUAAGGGGAGCACUCUCAAACUUGGGAAUACCAUGUGCAGUUUCUGCUGAUAUAUCCGACCUCCCAGCUUGUGAGUUUAUAACUUCAUUUACAUUCCAGAUUUAA